AUGAAUUUCGCAGCACCGCCUCGGCCCGAUAUUGUGGCCAAUUGCGCCGUUUGUGGUGCACCGGAAAGUGCCGAUUGUGGUCACGAAGACAACCGUGUUGAGAUUGCGCUAAAUCAGGCGAUGCAGCAGUGGAGAGGAUAUCGGGCAAUCCGAGAAUGGUGCCUAGAGCACACACGCGCACAGGUGUUGCGGACAUACGAACACCUCCGUACCCUCCGUCUAGAAGCUCACCACGCCGCGAUGAUCAGCUCUUCUCCAUACUACAGCCUCUACGUCCAGUACAACGGAAAGCCGCCUCUCACGCCCGCCCAGAUCCACAUGGUCCAGGAGCACAUGCGGCGUGCAGAUGCUCAGCUCCAAGCUGGCAUCGAUGCGGACUGGCGCACCGCAUGCAAGCAGUAUCCGACCAUCUUCGAGUAUUAUUUCAACCUCGUUGACGUGGCGCUGCCAGCAAAUGACGACCCUAUCGUUGCUGAUCCCAGGUUUGGUGGCCACAGCGCUAGUCCUGGUGGAGCUGUCAUAAUGAUGAGAGAUUACGACCGAGAUGAUGAUCAUCACUCGCAUCACCAUCGCUCCUCGGGCAAGAAAGAGCGUAGGAGAGGCGUAUCACCGUCGCUGCCGCCGGUGCCGCUUGCGCCUGGUGGUUCAUAUAGGCGAUGA